UAAUUCGCCUCGUGUUUAUGACCUUGACAACAGUCAAGCGAUGUCGGUGAAGACAAAAUGAAAGUAAACAUUCAAAAAAACAUCUGUUUUAUUAGCUGUAUAAAUAUUUCCAUUUCCAUCCAGUGACUAGCAAAUUCGAUAAAACAGAUUUUCUGAUUGUUUUCUGAUAGUUUUGUAUUAAUUGGACGAAUCUUGCGCGAAAGAAGUAGCAGGUGGCCACAGCGUAAUGCUGUGUUGUUAGUAGUUCGCUAGCUAGUUAAACGUCGCGCACAUUGUUUUUGUAAUCAUAACGAAUGCUACUGUCAUGACGAAAAGAAAAGUUUCUGGUACCCAAGAACAGAAAAUUCAAAGCCUUCAGCACUCUAUUUUGUUCCUGCAAGAGCAGCACGCUGCUACUUUGUCUGGUCUUCAUCAAGAAAUUGAAAAGUUGCAACAAAAAUGUGUUGAUUUGACAUAUCAGGUAUCAAGUGGUCAAUCUUCAUCCAUAAUUAACGAACAGCCUUCUUGUACAGGUUCGCUAAAAACUACAUUUGAAGCAGAAAUUCGAGAUCUGCGCUGUGAGAAUGCUAAACUAAAAGAUGGCUUUGACACAAAAGAAAAACGCAUUGCUUUGCUUGAGGGCCAGUUAAAAAGUCGAGAACAAAAAUACCACGACGAUAUUCGAAACGUGGAAAGAAAAGUCGCCGAGUUGCAAAUCGAAUUAGAUCAUAAAUCACAUAAUAUCAUUUACUUGACCUCACAGUUGCAUCAACAUAAGCUACGAAGUAAUAAGAACUUUAAUGACCCUCAUACCAUUGAGCAGCCCAGGGUGUCACUAAGUCCUUCACCACCGCAAGGUAGCCCACCAAGAAAAUCAGGGUACAACUUACGGCAUCGUUCCACUACUUCUCCAGCAGCUAAUGUUACAGGACUAAUUCAAGAGAGUAGUUCUCAUCAGUUGAUCGCUUCAGAUUAUGUUUUGCAAAAAUCUUUACCAAAGACGAACAGUACUAGAUACUCUAGACGAUAUAAACAAUCCAUUGAAGAUGCAGCCAGGCCUUCUAUGGGACAUUCUCAUGCGAGGAGAGAACGGGAAUUGCGAUUGGCCGCUAGACCCAAACCUUCUGACUAUGAAGACUUUAUAAAUUUAAGUCAGUCCCAAGAAGUUAUAUCUAGAUCAAGUAUAGAACCGUUACCGCCAAUAACUACUCGGAGUGGUCGACGAUUACGUGAACCAAUAAAAGCACGCGCUCGCAUUUUAAGAGGUCAUAAAGCUGCUGCAAACUCUUCUGGAGAGGUGGAAACUAUUAUUGUGGAGAAUACACUUACAUCUCCAGAAAGAACAUACCGAACGUUAAAAAAUUAAACGAAUAAUUUUUUUUUGUUCAUUUUUAGUAUUUUUUAGUUUGAAAUUUGACGUGUGUGCUACCACAGAAUGAAAGUUUAUUAAUUUCUUUUCUUUGUAAUGUAUUUGUGUGAAUGAAUUGAAAAUUGAUUUUAUCUUAUUCAAAUUACAAUUUACCAAACCCA